AUGCCUGAAUACGGGGUGGGGAGUGGGAAUUAUGGUGCCGACGGUGGACGCGAAAGAGGCGCGAGAAGAAGGAAGCUUGCAGCUAUGGCUGGGAGUAUGUACAGAGCCGGCGCUACAGCUGUCAAUGAAAUCAGAGAAUCAUACAAUCAAACAAGGUCACGGGAGAUUGACACGCCCGAGGUUUCUAAGAUCACCAUACCAGGUUCAUUCCCCGAUGUGGCCAUAGUGACGAAGGGCAACGAACAAAUGGUCCUGUUUCCAUCUUAUGCGAAAAGGCACGUUAAAGGACAACUAAGGCAAUUCGAAAACCCGGGAGGACCACCUCAUACUUCGACUAUAGGCAUGAACGAGCCGGCCUAUUGGAGGAAUGAAUGGUCGCGACACGAGGACGAGAAGGCUAUUGUAGAUGUGGAUAUCCGAGGCUGGAUAUACAACCCACAUAGAGGGCCGAUGACGCGUCGCAACCGAAUAUUGAUCGGAUUAGCAAGGCAACUGAGUGGUAUUCCUGCUCCGAGGCCGCAACAAGCUGACUCAUCACCAACCGCGGAGCCUUCAUUAGCGAGGAUACAUCAACAACACGAGGAGGAGCGCGAACGGGAAAGAAUCGCUCGCGAAGCUAAGGAGAUCGAGCGUAGAGGUCGGGCAGAGGAGGAAGCUGCGGAGAAAGGGGGUUACAGCGAACGCCCCAGGGACGAAGAUUCCGAGGGUGAAGGGAAUAUACGACGACGUCCAAGUCAUCCGCAAAGUGGUAGCCGAUCACCGCCAUCUGCGCCUUCAUCACCUACUCUUCGCGGGCGCACAGUUACCACGGGAGUCACCGAACUUACAGAAGCGGAGUUGGCGGUUGCGAACGCGAACCUGAUGGCUCGUAUCGCGCCAUUCAUGACAACACCGCUAGUUCAAAUACCCAUAACGCUGUUCUUCUAUAAUGAGGAUCAAUCUCAGUCUCGCACCGUAACAACAAAUGAUUCGGGACACUUCAUGAUCAGGGCGGCGCUCGAUUUUAUUCCGACUCACGUACGCGUGCUUGCGAAUGAGGAUCUCUCCUGCACAGAACCAGUGCAGAUCAUUGAGCCGAGAGGGGUUAGCCUGAUUAGCGACAUCGACGAUACCAUCAAGCGUUCUAAUAUCGCACUCGGCGCUAAGGAGAUAUUCCGCAAUACUUUUAUUCGUGAGCUACACGACCUCACCGUCGAUGGCGUUAAGGAUUGGUAUAAUACUCUCCAUGGCCUCGGCGUAUCUAUACAUUAUUGUUCCAAUAGCCCGUGGCAAUUAUACCCCGUCCUAGCCACGUACUUCAAGAUGGCGGGCUUACCUCCAGGUUCGUUACAUCUAAAGCAAUACACAGGCAUGCUUCAGGGCAUAUUUGAACCCGUCGCCGAAAGGAAGAAAGGUACGCUUGAGAAGAUCAUGAGUGAUUUUCCCGAACGGAAGUUUCUUUUGGUCGGCGACAGCGGCGAGGCAGAUCUUGAGGUGUAUACAGAGUUGGCGGUCGCCAAUCCUGGCAGGAUAGUAGCGAUUUUCAUUCGCGAUGUCACAACGCCCGAGCAGACCGGUUAUUUCGACUCCGGGUUCGACGUGCGCAGCAAUGGUACACGUACUCCCAAGACUAACGCUAGUCUUCAACACGACCAAGGGUCCUCCAGAAGUAGUAGUGCCAAUAGGAAUGACACUCCAUCCAGGAGACCUACAUUGCCACCCCGCAUAGCUUCUGCUCCUAAACCGAGCGAAGGUCCCGUCAUGGGUGAUCUUAUCGACCUCUCGGAGGAUGUGGAGCCUCUCCGCAGAGUCGAGUCAGAAUCGAAGGCAUUGGAGAAACCUACGAAACCAAUAGAUCUACUAGCCCGUAAGCCACCACCACCAAAGCCCGCAAAGCCGAGCGCCCUGCAGAGCACACCAGCCGCGCCAGUGCUUACCACGGAUGACACCGGAUUUACUAAGAAGCCACCGGCCCCGACACCCCCACAGCCGCGCAAGGCGAGCCAAGCCAGCCAACCAAGUAAUAACAAUAAGGCUGUGACUCCGAGCCCAUUGGCGCAGAUGCAGAGAUUAGCCGAUCAAACGGGUAAAAACAACAGCGGCGAUCAAAUCCCGUUAACAAAGACGCAGAAUAACGGCUCCACACCCGGCCCUUCUACCUCUGCUCGCUCAUUAACUAUCUUGCCACCACCACCACCUCCCCCGAGACGGCGAAAUACGCCAUCUAGUAAUACGGUGUCGACGACGAGGUCGAGUCCCCGCCUCACAGGUGCUAGGGAUAGUAGCACUAGGAACAAUACCACUAGCCAUAGCGAUACUAGUUUGAAUCGUUGGCGUUCCACGGAUUCGGAUACACCCUCUGAUUUUGAGGCCCUACCCCCAUCUGCUGCGGGUGGUAUGUACGGUAGUAGUAAUAACCGCUAUGGCAACGGUUAUGGAAGCGGUAGUGGAAGUGGAGGCGGAACACCCCCGCCGCUAGUGAAUAAGAAACUGGACUUAUGGCGCCACCGGCUGCAGCGCGCACAAGAGGUGUUGGACCGCCACGGCGUAGCGCUGUAUACGUGGCGCCGCGGGGACGAGGUCGUGGAUGAGGCGGUGGGUAUUGUGAAGAGGUGUUUGGAGGAGAUUGGGAAGUGA